AUGAGGUCGGAUGAGGGCGAAAAGUCUGGUCAUCAACCUCAUGUUCGAGUAUGGGAACUCCGUGAUGAUGUGGGAAAUUUUACUGGACAGUCAAUACGAAGUUUUCCUUUUCACUCGAAUUCCAUAGUUGCCAUACGAUUUGUGCCUGGAACAAAUUUGCUCAUAUCCGUUGGUUGCCAGCAUGACGCCACCAUAUGUGUUUGGGACUGGCGAAGCGGAUCGAAGCUGGCCACGGGGAAAGUCACAGCUGUUGUGAAUGCUAUAGCGAUUUCUCCAGACAGCACGAUGUGUGUGACUGUAGGCUCAAAGCAUGUGAAAUAUUGGCAUCUUCCAGCUGGUGAUUCGCAACACGGUGCUGGGUUGCAGUCACGCUCUGCGAUUCUUGCCGACCGAAGAAGUUCCAUAUUUGUUGACGUCGUAUUUUUGGAUGCGAAUCGAGUACUGUCGGUAACGGAAGAUGGAGCGCUAGUGGAAUUCCUCAACAAGAAGUACGUGAAAACGUAUCGGUUCGACGAUCCAAGUCUGCCGUUAUCUGGUUGUACGAACGGUGUGAUUCGAAUCUACGAAAAGGAUGACCUUAAAAUGCGAUGCCGUUUACCUCAUCCGGCUUAUAUUGGAAUGGAUCCAGCUGUCGCGAGCACGGCAGAAGCGCUCGAAGUUCAGCCAAAGGCUAUCCCGACGUGCGAGCGUUGUGUGCGACGUCGUCGAGUCCUGAAUCCUUUAUUGCCGCCUACUCGGAUCGUUCAAUGUUCGUCUUUCGCACGAGGCAAUGCCACGAAUCAAUGGCAGAAGCUGUCCAGCUCACUAGCCCAUGUGGGAGCGGUUACUGUUGUCAAGCGAUAUCCGUCGCAUUUCCCAUACUUGCCCAGUGGGUCAUUUAUCACUGCCGGUGUGGACAGCACAGUUCGAAUAUGGAGUUUGGAAAGGAAAAAGGACAGAAUGUUGGUCUUGUGCCAGCGAAAGAGUUGA